CAUAACAUAAGGAACUCUAUGCAAAAAUUCAAGCUUACCAAACUUAACCAGACCUUAUUUUAGGAAAACAGAUACAAACGCAGAUGCGUACUUGAAGAUCCUUACUGAGUAACAAAUUCGCCGCGAUGGUGCGUCGUUGCUGGACUUUGCACGCCGUCUGGAAGAUAUUGAGAGAGUAAUGCGGAUGCUGGGAGAUGUGUACUACAAUAGGAUCAACAACGAGGAAAUAAUUGUUCUGUUGAUGAAAAAGCUUCUCGAUGAUAGUCUCAAGAGAAGGUGGGCGGAGCGUGCAGGCGAUCUGAUUCUGGCAAGAGGUUUUGUGACUUUCGAAGAUUUUGUGAAGUUCGUGCGCGGUACUGCAGACAGGAUGAACAAUCGCUAUGGCAAGGAACUGAAAAGCGACAAGGUUAGGUCAAGAAGCAAACCUGCAGCAAGCCAAGUAACUACACUAGCAACUGAGAAUGAGAACACUACAGAUGAGAGGGCCAAGCGUAGUUCUCCAAAGUGUCAUCAAUGCGACGGUCCGCAUCCAACGUGGAGAUGUUUCGCAUUCAAGAAGCUGUCAGUUGAAAAUAGAUGGAAGGCGGUGAUCAAGAACAAGCUAUGCAGACGAUGCUUGGAUGACGGUCAUUUCGCAAAAGAUUGUCACAGAGGCUUCACCUGUAGACGGCGACUGUGGAUAAGAACAUCAUGAUCUUCUACACCCAAGUGACGUUGCAGCCAAGAGUUCUCCAGUAGACAGAUCGUCGAUGAAAACAGUAAGUGCAGUACAGACGGGACCCAGACGUAUCUGCUUCAAAGUCGUUCCAGUAAAAGUUUCCAACCCAAGAAACGUAAGUAUAAAGCUGGUGUGUGCGUUUUUUCAACAACGGAUCAGAUGUCAGUUUAUGUCUGAGCUCGCUGGUAGACGAACUGGAGAUCGAUCACGGACCAGCAUCCAAUCUCACCAUCAGUACCGUGAGUGGCCGGACGGAGUCGUCGGUAUGGAAAGUUUCACUUGAUGGUGUCGACGAGUCAAGGAGUCGACGGUGGACCGAAGUUUAGUCUCGAUGGACUGGUGACUACAUCAGCUAUACCUGCCAACAAGUCACACAUCGCUUCCGCGGAAGAAGUAAGCCGUUGGUCGCACUUAGAAGUUGUCGUGCUCCCAAAGGUUUGAAGAGGAUCUGGAGGUAUCCAUUCUGAUAGGCGCGGACCGAGCAGACAUCAUUGAAGCUGAAGCGGAAAAGAGAGCAGGGGAAGAGACGAACCCUACGCAGUAAGGACGAUUCUUGGAUGAACAGACUAUGGUCCUAUGGGAUCAAGUACUUCUAUUGAAGCAGAGGCCACUGAGAACACAAGUACAGUCUUCUUGACUUGUCGAGAGUUCUACAGACGACAGCUGACUUAAUUGACCAUGACCCUUCAAUCGAGGACAGAUUGGCGGACGAGAUCAUGGAAAAUUCGGCGCGUCUAGUCAACGGAAACUACGAGAUCAAGUUACCGUUUGUCACGACCCUCCAGGGUUCCCUGAUAGUUAUCCUACUGCUAAAAAGAGACUGGAGUACCUGAGACGCAGGUUUGAAAAGGACUCUCUUCUUAAAGAUCAAUACAGCGCAGUGCUAAAGAAGUAUGAGCUCUUCUAGGCAAGUUCCAGACAAAAAGGAAACGAGAAGAGGAAGCAUGGGAGGCUAUGGUAUCUACCACAACAUGCUGUGUGGCAAGAAAAAAAAAACCGGACCCGAGAGUUGUCUUCGACUGCGCAGCUAAGAGCGGAGGAACGUCGUUAAAUGAAGAGCUAAUGCAAGGUCCUGAUAACACAAGGAAGCUCAUCGGAGUACUUCUGCGCUUCCGUGUGCGAUGUAUAGCCGAAGGCGGCAGAUAUAAGAAGAAUGUUUCACCAAGUGCUGUUUACACCAGAGGACAGAGGAGCGCUCUGUUAUCUAUGGUGCCCGGAUGGUGAUCUAUCGAAAGACCCAAAGACUCACCAAAUGUUAGUACACAUUUUCGGUGCCAAGUCAUCCCCGAGUGUUACAAGCUUCGCUCUUCGCAUAACAGCUAGAGACAACGCAGACAAGUUCCCCUCUGAAUUAGUUGAAGCAGUCCUAAGGGAUUUCUACGUUGAUGAUCUACUAAAGUCAUUCCAAAGUGCAAGUGAAGCCACUGCCACCAGCAGUCAACUCUGUGAACUCUUAAGUAAAGGAGGAUUUGAGCUUACUAAGUGGUUAUCGAACAACAGAGAAGUGAUGCAGACGUUUCAACCGGAAGAUCUGGCACCGAGUUUCAAGGACCUUAAUUUGGACAGCGAUGAACCUCGCAGUCAGAAAGUAUACCCGGAAGCUAGAAGAGGUGUCUUGGCGUCAGUGGCUGAUGUGUAUGACCCAUGGGGGCUUGCAAGCCCUUUCAUUCUACCUGGAAGGCAGAUCAACCAGCUCUGCGGGCUGAAGUAUGGAUGGGACGAGAAUCUCUCACCGGAUCUUUUACUCAGACGGAGGACGUGGAAAGAAGGUGUACACAGUCAUCAGUCUUCACUUCACAUACCAAGAUGCUUUCCCCCAGGUUUCGGGAGAAUGGUACGCACUGACAUACACCACUUUGCAGAUGCAUCGCAAGAUAAUGGUUAUGGAGCAGUGACGUAUCUUCGCCUUGAGAAUAAAGAAGGUCGGAUUCAUUGCUCGUUCGUAUUUGGAAAAUCAAGAGUAAAGCCUCUCAGAAGUUCAAUGACGGUUCCAAAGCUAGACUUAACAGCAGCAACCCUCAUGACCCAGAUGAACGAGCUAAAACUGAAAGAGCUAGAAGGAAGAGUCAAGGUUGAUAAAGUGUUCUAUUGUUUGAUUGUCCUGCGAUAUGAUUGUGAAUACAAGAAGAAGAUUUACAACAUUCGUCGCCAACUUUGUAGCACUUAUCAGACAGAGGUCCGAACCAAGUGAAUGGCGCUACGUCAAGGCUGAACACAACCCAGCAGACUACGCUUUAAGAGGCUUGAGUGCUUUAGAUGAAGACAAGCUAACCAUAUGGAGAAGAAGACAAGACUUUCUAUGGAAACAUUGCUCUGAAUGGCCACAGCAACCAACGGGAAUCUUACCUGAGCUAUCCGAGGAGGAAGAGGAGGGGGAGGGUGUUAAGAAGGAGAAGACGUCGAUGCUGUGUGCUGUCUCGUCUGAAGUGGAAUCGAUGUUUAAGCGCUAUUUAUCAUGGAAGAAGCUUGUACGCUGCAUCGCUUGGCUAAGACAAAGUGUCGUAAACUCUAAAUAUAUAUUCAAUAAAAUUCCGCAUAGAAGAAACGUAUUCGGGAUCCAGGUUUUUAUUUAUCUGGUACUCAGCGUAAAAUCAAGCUAAGUGAAGUGCUCUUAUUUUGUUAUUUUGUUUACUGGGAGGGACACACUAGUCUGCUUAGCAGCUGCUCUCAGUGUCACAAGUCGUGCUUAACAAGGCAUGCGUGACAAGGCAUGCGUGACAAGUCGUACGUGACAAGGCAUGCGUGACAAGGCAUGCGUGACAAGGCAUGUGUAACAAGGCAUGCGUGAAAAGGCAUGCGUGACAAGUCGUGCGUGACAAGGCAUGCGUGACAAGGCAUGCGUGACAAGUCGUACGUGACAAGGCAUGCGUGACAAGGCAUGCGUGACAAGGCAUGUGUAACAAGGCAUGCGUGAAAAGGCAUGCGUGAUACUAGGAGCAGCUGAUAAGCAGACUAGAGACAGAAAAAUCUGUGCUAGAAUACCAUAAAAGAUCUAAUAAACGCCCGGGGCGUUUUGACAUUAAGCAGGUCAGUAGAAGCCAAACUCAGAUUGAUUAAAUUUGAUUUAUAUUCGAUUUAUUUGAUUUAUAUGUCGUUUGUUUUGAAGCUGAAAGGGAGGGGGGCGUUUGUUAGAGAGGGGCGUCUAAUACAAACUUAGGCUAAGUGUGUGUGGGGGGGACAUUCCUUAGAUACUUCAAAAGGCGUUCUUUAAAUAGGUGGCGUUUAUUCAAAUCAAAGUUGAUUAAGAACAAUAAUAAUUAAAGCAAUAACCUAUUAGUUCCUUAUGUAAAAUGUAUAAGAGUUUUUAAAAGUUAGAACAAUACUUAUAUCUCAGGCUGAAUGUGUUUCCAUGUAUGUAGGUACUAUACCGGAGGCCUUCUCGAUGACGUCAUGAAUAGCAAGUGGCCGGAUGGGACCCUGAAGUAUUAUGGUGAAUCGUAUUGGCUGAUUCGCCGCACUUUGAAAGCUUGAGAAUACAGAAAUGUAGAAAUAAAACCACCAGACAGCCUC